AUGAUGCCUGUUCAGCGACUGCAAGGCUGCCGCUCCCUCCACUUAAACGAAGACAACGGCCGCUUCUUGCUACUAGCCAUCCUGAUCGUUCUGUAUCUGCUGUGCGGUGCAGUGGUAUUUUCUGCUAUAGAGCGUCCUUCGGAGGUGCAGGCGCACGGCAAAUGGAACAUAACACUUUUCAACUUCAGCGAGACGUUCAAUAUCAGUUUGGAGGAUCUGAACUCUUUCCUGCGGGAGUAUGAGACUGCUAUUGCCGCGGGCAUCCGAGCCGAUGCUCUCAGGCCGCGAUGGGAUUUUACAGGUGCUUUUUAUUUUGUUGGGACUGUGGUGUCAACUAUUGGUUUCGGGAUGUCCACUCCAGUGACGGUAGCAGGGAAGGUGUUCCUGAUCUUCUACGGUCUCCUCGGCUGCGCCGCCACCAUCUUGUUCUUUAACCUCUUCCUGGAACGCAUUAUCACCCUCCUGGCUGUGGUCAUGAAGGCCGUGAGGGAACGGCGCAUUCGGAACUCCGGCCUCCUCCCGCCGGGUAUCCGCCAUGACUUCUCAGCGUGUUCUUUCCCGGGGUGGAAGCCGUCUGUCUACCACGUCAUGUUGAUCCUGGGGCUAUCCGCCAUCAUCAUCUCCUGCUGCGCCUCGGCCAUGUACACCCCCGUGGAGGGAUGGGCCUACCUCGACUCACUCUACUUCUGCUUCGUCACAUUCAGUACCAUCGGCUUUGGGGACCUGGUGUCGAGCCAGAGAGCAGACUAUGAGUACCAGCCACUGUACCGUCUAGCCAACUGCCUGUUCAUCCUUAUGGGCGUGUGUUGCAUCUACUCUCUGUUCAACGUCAUCUCCAUCGUCAUCAAACAGGUGCUCAACUGGAUGCUUCAGAACUUAUGCUGCCAGCGGUGUAAAAUCAAGUCCAACUCUUUCCCAUUGGGUCGCCGCAACGCCAUCCGGCCUGGUUCGAGAAUCCGUAAAGGUCGCUUCCGAAUCAAACGCACGCCGGACUCGGGGGAUUCGGGACCUUGCGAAAGCGACAUGGAGGGAGGAGGACGCAGACUCUCGGGAGAGAUGAUUUCAAUGAAGGACCUGACGGCCUCGAAUAAGGUCUCACUGGCACUCAUGCAGAAGCAGUUAUCAGAGUCCGCUAACGGUUAUCCCAGGACGGUGUGUGGCGGCUCGAGACAUAACGGGUUCUCUGGAGGAGUGGGCGCUCUGGGGAUCAUGAACAACAGGCUGGCAGAGACCAGCAACUCCAGGUAG